AUGUCGGCACCGACGACCCCGCAGAGCAUCGCCCUACCCGCACAAGAUACCGCUUCUCAUCCCUCCCGCCCCUUCUCACCCUCUCCUCCUCGUGAGAAUAUACAUACCGCCUCGCGCCCGCCCUCACUCUUCCUCGGCGCGGCGGUGCCUGCAAGCCCAAGCCUGUCCGAUUCAAGGAGCUUCAACAUCUUUGGUCUGCCUGGAACGCCAGAGGUCUAUCGGGGCGGCUACGACGGUAUGCCUCGACAUGAGAUCGCGGAGGACAUAUUUGGAUUUGGGGGAAGGGAGCAGAGGAGCAGGAAGACGAGCCGAGUGGGGCAGCCGGGAGAGGUGGAUAGGACCACAGUCACUGCGGAGCUGGCAGCUACGAGGGAUAGUCUGACGAUGGUCAGGUCCAUGAGCAGCGGAUCCUUAUCCAGCACGUCGUCGUCAUCGCCACCGCUCGGAUCGGCGUCUAUCCUCGCAACACUUGCCAACAACGCCGAUUCGGACAACGCUUCGCUCCACACAUCGUCGCUCGGCAGACGGUCAGGGCGUACAUCCGGUUUCGCUACUCCUCCGGACCGUUUCGACAUAUCUGGGCCUCGGACACCUCAGAGCGCUCGGCCGUCCCGCGUAUCCAUGCCGAAUCCGUCGGCUCUUUCCAACUCCAAUUCGAUGCCCAGGCUUCAGCAGCCCACGGUCGUACGCUCGACAUCUGGUCGGGUCGUCUCGUUCGUGCCUCCUCCAGGUCGAGCGGUAUCUACCAAGACGUCGAGUCUGGGUCGACCGCACAAAUCCAGGGCCAGCAUGUCACCCCGGUCCUCCUUGACGACGGUCAUGGGGGAAUCGGAGGAGAGCGAGAGGGAGAGGAAAUACCAUUCCUUCAGCGGCGGAGAGGGAAGUCGACCAAGACCCAUGUCGUACCUGAGCGACCUCGGUCCGCCUAUCCACUUUCCGACCGCCAGACCAUCCGUGGGCUCGUACUUCUCGCACGUUGCCCAGUCGGACAAAGCUGCAGCGGACACCACGGCGGAUGACAAGGCAGCGGCUUCCAUGUUGGAGAAGGGCGUAAUCCAGGUGGGCGGAGAAGCGUCGGGGGAAGCGGCUGGCCAUGAUCAGCUCGGCGCGGAUGACACGCUUCCCGGCCUGGACCAUAAUAGCGGCGGGACAUCGGAACGCUCCACGGCGCCUUCCCGAGGGGAGGAGCGAGCGGGCAGUUCAAGAGAGGGUAGCGUUGAGUCAGACACAACGCGCGGCCACAAGCUGUUCUACCGGAACUCGAUCGAGCAGCCGUCUCCGAAGGAAGCUGGUGCGCCGGUCUUUACACCAUUUCAGCCCGUCGAUGACUCGUCCUCUGGACGUAUAUCGCCCAACGCGCAGGACAUCGGAGGCGGCAGCACCGACGGAGCAGCCGGCGGGGAUGAUCUCGGCGCGACAGAUGUAGAUCAGCCAGGAGAAGCGGGUGUGAUUAAGGCGCAGAUGCCGGGAGGCAAGUUGGAGGGGAAAGGUGGCGAGGAGGAAGUCGCGGACGGACCUGUACGUGGGGAUCCUUCUUCUCGCGAAGGAGUUGGAGCGGAAGAGUUUCAGGCUGCGCAGACUGUAGAUAUUCCGAUCGGGGAGAAGCAGCAGUCGACAGAGGAGGAAGUGGAGCCGGUCGAGAAGAGCCAGACAUCUGAGUCCAAGGAAGACGAAGUGGCGAAAUCUUCGGUUGCGUCGGUGGAGGAGAAGCAGGAGUCGGACAGACAGGACAAUGGGACGAUAGAGGACAUGUCCGCGUUAGGGGCGAAGGAGGCACGAGCAGUGCAAUCGUCAGACGUGCCGGUCGGAUCAGCAGUAAUCCCGGUAUCGAAGACUGAAACUACCGUCCGUGUUCAGCCGGCGUCGGCACGAUCCGCUGUUCUCGUCUCAGCACAGCCGCGCGUACACAGUAUGGUCGGCAGUAUCGGCGAAUCCCCAGCGGAGCCAGCGGCGGACAGACUUCUGUCUCCCCUCGCAGUCGAUCAGACCUCAACCGACGAUCGGGACUCGCAUCAUGAUGACGCGACGGAAACCGAGCCCGAACCAUCCGCUGUCCCGUCUCCUGCACCGCAUCCGAGCGCCGCUACGGGUGCCGAUCGUCCCGUCCCAUUAGAAGAUGCGUCGGUCUCUGCGGAAGAUGGGGACCAGGAAGCCAAGGUUGUCGAGACGGCGGCGGUCGAGAGAGAGGAGGCGGAUGCUGCGGGGUCCGAGCUAGAAUUGACGGGGAUUGCGGAGAGCAAACCCCGAUCCAGCUUGGACACUGUUCUCAACGAGAUUACCGACGAUGAGGUCGAGGCCGCGCAGAUUCCUUCUGAGCUUAUCAGUAACCCCGCGGAUGCGCAGCCAUCGGACGGAACAGUCUACAUCCCUCCCUACGCGCCCCGCAAAUCCGCUCCCGGCCAGACCUAUCGUUUGACUACUGCGUCAUCCCCUCCUCCCGCAGACGAAGACAAGUUCGCCGUCACCCUCCUCGCUGGGAUCGCUCGCCAAUCCCGAUCGGAUCCGCUCUCGCUGACCAUCCCGCACGUCGAGCUCUACCUCGCCUGGAGCGAGCCUCGGAGCUGGCUCUGGGUCCCCGCUAGAAAGUAUAUACCUAGCUUCAACCUGCAUUUGGUGCCGAGUGGGAAGGAGGUGGUACUGCGGGAUCAAGCGAGCGAGGACCGGGCGUUUGAAGCUGAGAUGCGGCGGGGUAUAGUUCGAGGGAUUGUAAAAGGAGUGGUUAGUCGCUUGCCGGUGGUGUGGCGGCUUGCGGAUUGGGUCUAG